AUGAAGGACAUUUCAUCUGGUUCUGGUGAUUUGAAUGAAGACAUUGAAAAGAGUGUGGCCCUUAUUUUAUCUGGGGUAGGAAUGACACAGAAUUCAAGGUAUUGGUCAAGGCAGUCAAUAGGCUCAAUGAGUCCUUCAACACAUAGUUUGCUGCCAAAGAGGGUCAAAACAAACCUUGCGAUAAUUGCGAGGUUCAUGAAGAGAAGCAAGAGCGAAAAACCAGUGGUAAUCAGUAAGUGGACAGGGAGAGCUCCUACCUUAUUAGAACAAAGAAAAUCAAAAGAGGAGGAGGACUCAGGAUGGGAUUACAGGAUCAACAGCCGAUCCAGAUUCAUUAGGAGUAGUCGUUGA